AUGGAGUCCACUUCGACAAAAAGAAGAAGAAGAACAUUGCGGUCCAGUGAUGCAAAAAGAAGAAGAAAAUCAAUGAUUUCUGGUUCAUAUUUACCAGAUGAGUGUUGGGAAUGUGUCUUCAAAUUCUUGAAAGACAACAAUCGAUGCUUGAAAUCUCUCUCCAUCGUCUCCAAACAGUUACUCUCCAUCGUCUCCAAACAGUUACUCUCCAUCACCAACCGUCUUCGAUUCUCUCUCACAGUCUAUGAUCCAACCCUUCCUUUUCUUCCUACUCUCUUGCGUAGAUUCACCAACCUCACCUCCCUCGACCUCUCGUGUUUCAACGGUAAACUCAACAAGCUUCUCUGUCAAAUCUCUCGUUUUCCAUUGAAACUCACGUCACUCAAUCUCUCAAACAAAUGCAUCAUUCCCACAAUUGGGUUGCAGACUUUUUCGAAGAAGAUUACAACUUUGACCUCUCUCACUUGUUCCAAAAUGCAAUAUAUCAAUAGCAGCGAUCUUGUACUUAUCUCUCAUUGUUUCCCCUUGUUGGAAGUCCUAGACCUCAAUUACCCCACACAAUGCUACCACGGGGCCGUAGAGCUUUCACUUUCCAAACUCCGCAAGAUUAAUCUCUCUUAUCAUUCCUACAUCGAUGACGAAUUUAUUCUCCACUUGUUUGAAAGCUGUAAGCUGCUCGAAGAGGCCAUCAUGUUGCCAUGUGUUGACAUAACCUUUGUUGGUAUUGCUAAUGCCCUCCGUGAGAGACCAACAUUGAGGUCUGUAUCCUUUUCCAAUACUUUUGGACGUGUAGACUGGUGGAGACGCCAGUCAACUUAUAUCACUUCACAAUUCAUCUCCUCUUUUGAUUUGUUAUCUUUGAAUAUCUCAGAUGAGUUGCUCUCCUCUAUUGCAUACCAAUGUCUUCCUUUGACGAGGCUUGUUCUCCAAGAUUGCACCGGCUAUAGCUAUUCUGGAAUCCUUUCUUUACUAUCCAAGUGUCAACAUUUCCAACACUUGGAUCUUCAAAAUGCUGUUUUUCUGAAAGAUGAUCAUGUUGUGGAGAUGUCUUCGUUUCUUGUUGAUUUGGAAUCUAUAAAUUUGACUCAUUGUUCAAUGCUUACAGAAUCAGCCUUCUUUGUUCUCCUUAAGAACUGCCCUUCACUUAGUGAGAUCAAAAUGGAACACACAUGUAUUGGGAAAAAGAGUCUAGAGAGUUCUAAAUCUUUGAUGGAUUUUGUUGCUUGCCCUCAAUUAAAGUAUCUUCGUUUGGCUCACAAUCCAUGGCUAUUUGAUGAAUAUAUCACCAUGCUUGCUUCCAUCUUCUCCAAUUUGCAGCUGCUUGAUUUGAGCAAUUGUUGUCGCAUAUCUGAAGAAGGUAUCGUUCAAUUUUUAAGGAUAUGUUGUAACAUUAGACAUUUGAACUUAUCCCAGUGUUCAACAGUGAAACUAGAAAUGAACUUUGAAGUUCCCAAAUUGGAGGUAUUGAACUUGUCACAAACAAUAGUUGAUGAUGAAGCACUUUAUAUGAUCUCAAAGAGUUGUUGUGGGCUUUUGAAAUUGUCACUUAAAAAUUGUAAUGAUAUCACAAAGAAGGGAGUGAAGCAUGUAGUAGAAAACUGCACGCAACUUAGAAAGAUUAAUUUCUAUGGUUGUCAGAAGGUCCAUGCUGAUUUUGUUUCUUCGAUGGUAUCUUCAAGGCCGUCGUUGAGAAAGAUAACGGCUCCUCCAGCUCGUAAUGGGUUUGGUAAGAGAAAGAUUAACUACUUCUUGCGUCGGGGAUGCCUUGUUCUCUAG